AAAAAACCAAAAAAAACAAAGUUGGAAACUUUAUUGUGAACUAAGCUGAGCAGCAUCUAUCAUGUCCAGCAGCAAAAACGCACUCCAAUCUUUCUGGGAAAGGAUGUUCCGGGACUAUUCGAAGCAUGUCAAGUACUUGCAGACCCAGAAUCCGACUUGGGAGCAAAUGGUUGAGCUGGAAAAAUACCGCCAGGCUAUUCUUGAUUUCAGAUACAAUGGAAAGUGCUCCAAACGUCGUGAGGGGAUACGCAUGAAGGAGAUGCAGAAAUAUAUGGAAAGUCAAAGAAUAAACCAAAAAAGAAAGUUAACUCAUGGCAAACUUUCCAUAGGAAGUAACUUACCUCGUCUUCGUGAGCCGCGAGCACAGCUACGCAGUUUAAUUCCCGCCCGGAAAUUGUUACAACUGAACAACAGAGUCGUUCGGGCUUUAAACUUCUACUCAACUGCCUCCGAUCGCCUCAAAGAGCUGGCCAAGAGUAGGCAAAGACCUGUGGAAUGUGGAGCCAAACCCUGGAAGCUGACCAGUGCCAUGAAGUUUUUUGAGCCCAGUGAUCGCCUGCUAAGCUUAGCCCUCCACCGAACGCCUUUCAAGGAGCAUCGUGAUCCCUAUAGGAUUUCCUCUAGUGCCCUUUUAUAUGAAGCUACUCCAAGGAUUCUUCGCUUGGCAGAGCCAAACAAAAAGGAUCACAAGCGGACCGUCAAAGGUCCAUCGAGGCAAGAUUGGAACGGAGCCACUCAGCGUAUCUGGGAACUGGCCAAGCCAAAGGUGCGCGAGGAUGGAAUCUACCGUAGGACUCCCUUCAAGGUGUCAGAACGUGCCCUGAGGGCCAAACCCACCCCACGAGUCCUAAAGCUAGCCGAGCCAAGAAUCUGAAGUGCAGCUCUAAAAAGCACAGGCCAACCAUAGAUUACGGAGUUUGGAAUAUAGUAUGGAAAGGGUUUCCUAUUAUUCCCAUAUCUCUGCAAUCUGUUCUAAGAAAGUAAAGCAUUGAUUUUGAAUAUAAUAAAAUCCCCAUCGUCUUUAAAAGGUGAAAGCGAUCUAGGGAUAACUCAGUUUUUAGAUCUCUUUCACCCUUUAUAAGUCGAUUGGAGUUGGCCGAUA